AUGGGCGCUGGAGGUGACACCGUAGAUAAGGAAAGUGUCUUCGCGAACUACAAGUCCGUGUUCUCCCGCCAGUUUGCCGUUUCCUUGGCCGUGGAGUUCGUGGGUGUGAUGUUCUUCCAGAUUAUUGGAGGGACCUCUGCCAAAGAAUAUGCUCCCUUUGUGAACGGCUUUGCCUUGGCCGUGUGGAUCUAUGUUGCUGCUAACAUCAGUGGUGGUCACCUGAACCCCGCGGUGAGCUUCAGCACUGCCGUUUGUGGCUUCUACCCGGUGAUUCACACAGUGAUCUACAUUGCUCUCCAAAUCAUCGGAGCCAUUGUCGGAGCAUGGGUCUCGGCCGGACUGGUGCCCGGUGCAGGCGACCUCAUCGGCACGGGUGCCAGCGGCCCCGGAUGCUUUGACCGUGGCACGAUCGGCGAGGGCAUCACCGAUGAACAGGUCUUCGGCUGGGAGUGUGUGAUGACUUUCACCCUCAUCUCCUGCGUCUACGCCUGCGGUGUGGCCAAGCCGGGGCAUGGCAGCCACACGCCCUUCGCCGUGGGCCUCGCGCUGCUGGCGUGUGCGGGCUCUGGUGGCCAGUACACCGGCGCAGCGCUGAACCCAGCUCGGGUGCUGGGUCCAAUGGCGGUCUUCCAGUGUGGCAAGGAUGUCGUUGGGCUCUACAUCGGAGGCCAAUUCGUGGCGGCGCUACUUGCGAUGUCCGUCUUCGCCUUCGUGUCCGGCCUGGGCCCUCUGAACCCUUGGCUGGCCAAGAGGGCUCUGAACCUCUCUUGGCCCGAGGCCGUCUACCUUUGGAUCACCGGCUCGCCCCCAAGCCGCCUGCAGAAGACAGGCCGCGAGAACAUCAACGACUUCGCACAUGCGUUUUCCGAGUUCUAUUCAUCCGAGGGAUCCGAGGCACCGCGGUCCAAGAUCUUGGACUUCGAGCGUUGCUUUGGUCUCCGGAAGUCUGCGGCCGUUGACACCCCAGCCCCAGACCUUGCCUGA